GCCACGGCAAUUAUUUACUCAGUCUUAAAUGUCAAGUUCAUUCAAAGUGCCGGGAUCUUGAUUUGAUUUGUUUUUUCCAGGUUACCGUGUACUUGCCUAAACUAUAAGAUUUUACCAAACCGAGAUUAUGACUGUUUUUAGCUAGCUUUUUGCAAGCCUUUAUGCAGUUGACUUAGGAAAUAGGUUGCAGGAACUUCUUGGAGCAAUGCGUGCAGCUUGCGCACAGCCAAGGAAAAGCUCAACAUUGUCGGAAACGCUUAGUCACGCUUCUCACCUGUCUUCUUGCUCAGGUGAAAAAGAGCUCAUAGUAGCCAAUCAGAGUCCCGAAACAGAGCUAAACAUUAUUAAAGAACUACUAAACGAGUUCAGAGGGCUUCACGAGCUGAAGUUAAGAUGCUUGGAGGAGGACACCAGUAGAAGGGGAGAACUACCACAGAAGAAAGUGGACUUCCUGCAGUCUUACGUGAAUGACCUCACAGACCACAUCCAGGUGCUUGUUCAGACCAUUGAGGAUUUGCAAAGGGGAGCUGGACAGAACCAUGAUCGUGUUUUGGCUGUGUCUGAGGCUGGGUUGAAGCCUUUGUUGCUGGAUGAGGUCACUGGACCUGUGGCUCACAUCCCACGCAGCAGUGAUUCCGUGGACCAGAUGACGUCUGAGACGGAAGAUGUGAAAAUCCAGCUGCAAACCAAGGACAUGAUCAUCUCGGAUCUGGAGAGGGAGCUCACAGAGAAUAUACAAGGAAAGCAAAAGACUGCGACGCAGGUGCUGGAAAGCGGUGAGAGGCUGGUGCACCUGCAGAGCGAGCUGUCUUGUCUGCGGCGGAUCCACGAAGACAACAUGAAGGAGAUUGCUGAGAAAGACAUCUGCAUCACCAAACUGCAAGCUAACAUUCAGCUCCUGCAACAGGAGGGGGCUGACACGCUUGCUCAGAACCGGAACCAUGUGUUAAAAUCAUGCAAGACACCAAACCCUUAUCCAUGUAUGUUGGAGGCCAGCAGGAAGCAGGUGGAACGUCAGAGGAGGGAGUUAUCAGAGCUUCACCAGAAGGAGGAGACACUUUUGUGUGAGACCAAGGCCAAAAUGGUGCAUUUGAAAGACAAGCUCCGCAAUCGUUUCAAGAGAAUGGUGGAGGAGAAAGAGACGAGGAUUAAGCAACUAACUGACGAGCUGAAUGGAACGAGGCAAAAGUUACGAAUAAGUGAAGGUAUGUUAAGUGAUAUCACGAAUGCCCUGAAUCAGACCACCACCAACCUGAAUGCAGACAGACAGCAGAUCUUAGGCCAGCUGCACCAUGCGAGCAAAGAGGUUGGACGUCUACAGCUGGAAUUAGCUCUCGAGCGUCGCACCAGUGAAAAGAAGAUACAGAAGAGGGAGGUUAAGAUUUGUACACUGAUGAAGGAGCUCACAGAAAGUAAGGGACAACACUCAGAGUGUCAAAAAGAGUUGCUUCGAAAAGACAGGUCUUUGGAGAAGCUCCGUGAGGAGAGGGAUGAGCUGAGAAUCCUGAUGGAGGACCAAAGCAAAGAGUGUGCCCACCUCGACCGGAGCAAAGCCAAACUGGAGGCUGACUUGGCUCUGAGCCACAAACUCCACACCUCACACCUUGAGGUUCGAAGUAGAGAUGAGUUAAUUCUGCAGCUCAGAGCCGAAAUGAAGACAGCUGAACAGAAGCAUCGAGGAACACAGAAGCAGGUGACAGCUCUGGAGGAAGAGGUAAGACACUUAAACUGCACGAUUAGAGCGCACAAGGAAGAGGCCUGUCAGUUAAGCGAAAAGGUCAGCGAUAUCGAGCACCUUAGAGAGCAGAAGGAGAAAGAACAACAGCAGCUACAAGAGCAGCUCUGUAUUAAGGAGCAACAGGCUGAUACAGUUGAAAAGAAGCUGAAUAAGGAGAAGGAGGAGGUGGAACUUCUUAAUCAGCAGCUGAAAGAAUCCAAGGAUGAGCUCAAAGAGGCCAAUUUGCACACCCAGGAGCAGAAAGAAACGGCUGCGAUUUUUAAGCAGAAAUGCACGGCAGCAAUAGAGAAGGCGCGCAGGGUGCAAGAGCAUGUGGAACGUCUGGAGGAGGAACUACAAUAUUCACAGGAAAAGCUAAGAGAGUCGCAGUUAGCAGCUUCUUCGCUGAAGGAAGAGCUAGCUGAGCUGGAGCGCCAGUAUCAGGAAAAGGUUGGCCAGUGGGAGAAUUCACAGGAGGCUCUUGACCAACUAACAGAUGAACUUCAGGCCAGUCACAACCUGCUAAGAGAGAGUGAAGAAAAACUGGAGCACUUCAAAAACCUGAUGAGAUCCCUUCAGGAGCAGAUGGACACACUCAAUCAGCAGAAACUUGCUGUGGAGUGCGACCUGCAGCUCUAUCGUCGGAGCCAUUCUCAUUCUGAUGAGGAGUAUUUGAGUCUAGGAAGACUCAGACAGCAGCUGCAGAAGCGCUGUGCGGCACAGGUUGAACACCUUGCGGUGUGUGAAAACACUAUUCUUCAGAUGAAGUCAGAGCUAGAGAGACAAGUCCAGGAAAAGGUGGGUCUGAAACCAAGUCUCGCUGCUUCCCAGCAAACUCACCGGAGCAAUCAAAAACAGCUGGAACAGGAAGUGAUUCGUUCAAAACAGGAAGUGGCAUCCUUAGAGCUUGAACUGGCGAACGCCCAAAAGGUACAGGUGACACUCCUCAGGCAGUCAGAUGAGGAACUGAAGGAGGCCAGACAAGAGUCUGCAAGAAAGAGCCGAGAGGUGGAUGUGGAGAGAAGAAAGGCCCAGAUGCUUCAGGAGGCGUUACACAAGGAGCAGCAGAAGCUGCAGAGUGCUAUCAGAGAGAAUGAGACCCUGAGCACUCUCAUCGGAAAGCUGAGGAAAGAGCUGGAGGAGCUGCGCAGCAGUCACCAAGUUACAGUGGAGGAGUUGGCAGCCCGUGCAGAGGAGGUGAGGCGGAUGGAGGGGUGUCUGAAUGAAGGCAAGCUAGCAGAGGAGAAAAUAAGGUCAAUGGCUGCGGGGCUGAAGAAGGAGCUGACAGAGGCUGUCCAUCAGAAACUCACAGCAGAGAGAGAGAAACAGGAUGCAUUGGACCAGGUGAUCACGCUCCGGUCAGAGAUGGAGGGGACGCGGUCUGACAAUGCAAAGCUUCUGCACGAGAGCCAGCUGGUCAUGACUAAUGUCAACCUUUGGAUCACUGAGCAAAAGGCUUCCAGUGAGAGCAUUAUUGCCCAGAUUAAAGCCCAAAACAAAGCUCUGCUUGUCAUCACUAAAGAGAAAGAAUGCCUUCAGGAGGCUAAUGACACACUGAAGGCGGAGGUAAAGAGACUGAAAGAAGCGGUGGAUGAGAAGGAGAAAGACAUGGAACUCUUCAAGGCCCAUCUCCGGGACUGGGGAGUACAGCAAGACAGGAAAACCAUGGAAAAGAAGGGCUGCGUCGCUCUAAACCUCAGCAAAAUCGAGGACAUGCAGACCAGACUGCAAAGCAACCUGGAGGCCAUCGGAAUGCUAAAUCAACAAUUAGGCAAUCUCAGUCAGGAGAAUAAGCGGUUGCGUAGGCAGCUGGAAGAAGAGAGGUCCAUGCAUAGACAAGUGGAGAGGAGUGGGCCCCUUCCUCCUCCCCCUACAACCACCAUCCACCUCCCACUCUCUCUCAGUGUCAGCCCUCCUAUCUGUGCCUCCCUUCCCUCAUCCCUGGACCUGCCCCGUCUUCUGAGUAUAGUCCCAGUGACAGGGGACACUAAUGGGACUCAAACCAAGCCGACUACAGUCGGAGUAGGGAGACCAGGUGAGUCCAAGGCUUCGGAUAAAGCGUCCUUGAUUAGGCCGUCUUCCAAGUGCGCUUUCUCCGCCUCUGUGGAAGAUGCCGGGUCUAAGGGGACAAGCAGGAAUCCGGCAAAAUGAAGCCCCCUGAAGACUUUGACCUGCCAUGGCUUUUGACCUUCAGCUUCUCGCUGGGGAGCAUACCCAGGAUGAGGUUAAUGUCCUGCAGGUCAAAGUCAAGUCCCACAGUUCUUUGUGCCUAGGGGGGCGCUCGGAAACAGAAAAUAAUGGAAUUUCUUCAGCCAUAUUUAUAAGGGUACUGCUGUUCCAUGCAACGAUUUAUGCCAAGAAAACAUUCACACUGACAGAUUACUUAGAUAGACUUAAAAUUAUGAUAACUGACUGUGUCCUCAAAAAUGUUUCAGUGCUUCAAGCAAUUACAUCUUCAAUUAAUAAUAUUAUUCUGCAGCAAAACUGCAGCAGUGAGCACAAAAUCUCAAAUGCACUUAUUUGAAAAUUCCCAACAGUUCACUUGAGCUAUAACCAGAUUUUUGCACCUUAAAUGUACAAAUGAACUAAUCAAAACAAGAAACUUAAUGUAGAUAGAGUUAAACAGUAGAUCUGAAGAUGAGUCCCGCUUGGAUAAAUGAGAAACAGCACAUGAUCCAUCCACAGGCGUGGUUCAGACGUUGAUGUAAAUGGCAGUAACGCAGCCUCUGAUUAUGCUCCAGCUGUGCACCACGUGUCCCGCGUCUGCUGCGGUGAAUGUGGCCGUGCGUCUCUAUGUUUGAGUACAUUAUGUGUCUGUGUACUUCUGUGUCUCUUUGAGAGACUGUGGGCGAGCGCGUGCUCGCGUGAUUGGGUGUAUUAGCUGUCUGAUAUUAUGUUUUAUACUUUCAAAACUGUUUAUUGAUUUUUUUUCUGUGCCCCGUAUUGUGACGGUAGCAAAAUAAAAACACAU